AUGAAAGUGCUUCAGCUCUUCAAGAAGAAGGAGAAGGAGCGCAAGCCCCGGGAGCUCCCCGACGCGCUCCGCCUAGGCGCGUCGGACCUGCACGUCCUCGAGAAGCGCGGCACGCAGACCGUCCUCGAGUCGCACCACUAUGCCGCGGAGGACGCCGCGCAGGACCCCUCGAGGCCGCAGGUCUCCCUGCCGCGGAUCCCCGGCAGGGCGCCCCAGCAGGCCCCGCCCCCUAACUACCCGCGCGGGGAGCUCGUGCGGCACCGCGCGGAGCCCGGGCAGGACGUGCGGUCGUCGUUCGUGUCGUGGCACGUCGUCGGACACGCCUGCCCGCCCGACGUGCUCCGCCAGGCCUGGUCGGUGCACCAGUUCUCCCCCCUCACGACCCUAGGCAAGGGCGCGAAGUCCCGGGUCUGGCAGGCGAAGGACCACGUCUCGGGCCGCACCGUCGUCUUCAAGGUGUACGACCUCCGGCGCAUGCAGGCCGGCGAGAUCGACCAGCUCGAGCGCGAGGCCGAGGUCCACGCGAAGCUCUCGCACCCGAACGUGCUGCAGCUCUGGGCGGCGUUCCAGGACCAGGUGGCGUGCUACUUCCUGCUCGAGCGGGCGGGCGACGACCUCUACAAGCGCUACCCGACGCUCCCCGCCAAGGACGAGUCGUACCUCUUCAUGGCCCCGGAGGUGCUCUCCUGCGGGCGCCUGCCCGACGGCUCGACGCUGCGCCGGGAGGACCGCGAGCCGUACGACGCGGCCGCGGACGUGUGGUCGGUCGGGUGCAUCGUCUUCGAGCUCUUCGCGCGCCACACGCCGUUCGUGCGCUCCACCAAGGAGGCCACAACUGCCGCGCUCGAGGCGUGCGACUACACGAUGCCGCGCUGGGCGUCGCGCGAGGCGCAGGACUUCAUCCGGCGGACGCUCGCGCUCGACCCGCGCGCGCGGCCGUCGAUCGCCGAGCUCCUCGACCACCGCUGGGUCGUCAUGCACGCGGGCCGCUCCGCGCAGGGGGCGGAGGCCGCCUCCGAGAACGUGCGGCGCAGCCUGCGCGUCGACGCGAGCGCGAACGCGUUCAUCGGCCAGGAGCCCACGCCCGGGUCCGAGAAGCACAUCUCUUUCGCGGGGUCGGCGUCGUCGACGGUGCUCGGAGACCCCCCCGUCGCGCGUCCGUCGCAGGCGCCGGAGCCGCAGGCGUCGCCGGUCCGGCCGGGGAGCGCGCGGGGCAAGGCGAGGGCCCAGCAGGCGCUGAACACGCUCGUCGAGAGCGAGGAGACGCUCGCGUCCGCGGACUCGCUCAAAGACCUGUUCCCGAAGAACGUCAAGGCCUCGCUGCUGCUGAGCGCGGUGGCGCGCGCGGGGCGGAAGAACUCGGGGGAGUACUUCCGGAAGGUGUCGCCGCCGCGCGCGAACCUGGACUCGGUCGACGAGCACGCGCCGUCCGCGCACGGAGCGCAGGGGGCGCGCGACGCGCAGGAGGAGGAGAUCGGGGACCUCGCGCGGCGCGCGGCGUCGAUGUCGGUGGGCUGGCUGUCGCGGCAGAACCGGCAGUGGAACGCGCGGCCGGCGGCGGCGGCGGCGGCGGUGCCGGCGGAGGCGGAGGCGGAGGAGGGGGAGUGUGUGCUUGGCGGGGGGGAGUCGGUGCUGGGCGACGGCGUGGGGCCGGUGCGCGACACGCUCACGCGGGCGGCGCUCGCCGCGCGCGGGUCGCGCGGCGCGGGCAGCCCCGGGAAGCGCCGCUCGACGGACGCGUCCGGCAUGAUCUGGAUGGGGAAGACCCCCCGGUGCUCCACGGAGGACCUCAACACCCCCCUCGCGCGCAUCCUCGCCCGCAACCGCGCGCCCAGCGUGACGGCCAAGUGCGCGCAGGUCCUGCGCGACGCGCCCCCCGCGCGCUUCCGCGUCAUCUCGUACGGCCUGCAGCAGGCCUCGGAGACCUCUCAACACAGCGCCGAUUAG